UACAAAAUGGCUUUCAAGUUCGUAGCUCUCCUUGCUUUAGUGGCUGUUGCCAAUGCCGGAUACGUCCAACAUGCCCCAUUGGCAUAUGCUGCCUCCCCAGCAGCAGUUGUACACCACUCUGCUCCUGUCCUCGCCAAGGCCGUCGAAGAAUACGAUCCUCAUCCACAAUACAAAUUCGCCUACGAUGUUCAAGACUCUCUCUCAGGAGACUCCAAGAGCCAAAGCGAAACCCGUGAUGGAGAUGUUGUCCAAGGAGAAUACUCUCUGAUCGAUGCCGAUGGAUACAAGAGGACCGUUCACUACACCGCCGAUCCCGUUAACGGAUUCAGCGCUGUUGUCGACCGUCAACCACUUGCACAUGUUGUCAAGACUGUUGCUGCCGCCCCAGUUGUUAAGGCUGCUUACGCUGCCCCAGCUAUUGUCAAGUCAGCAUCAUUGGCUUAUGCUCCCGCACCAGUCGCUUACUCCGCACCAACACUCGUCAAAUCCGCUCCAUUGGCUUACGCUUCUGCCCCAGUAGCUUACUCUGCACCAGCUCACUACGCUUCUGCCCCAGUAGCCUACUCCGCACCAUCUCACUACGCUUACUCUGGUCCAGUUGUAGCUAAAGCAGCUUAUGCCUACGCCCACUAG